GUUUCCUUACUUGAAAGGAAGGAUCAUCAUCAACAUAGCCCGGGCCUAAACCAUCAGCGUUCAUCGAACUCCAACCAACAAGUUGCAGAACAUGGACGAUAUAGCCCAUCCUCCAGUCCGUCUGCAAGCCGCCUCAUCAGUCCCAAUCUCAUCCAAACACGCUCUUUCUCUCGUUAAUAAUUUCCUCGACGAUUUUCAAGCUCGUAGCACACCCUCCAAGGGUAGUGAUACUUCAAUCACUGCCCAACUUCAGAAGCUGAGUAAAGCGCUUGAAGAGGAGUGCAUCCGACAAUCAAAUUGACAAUGUCACGAGAUUUGGAUAAAUAUAUAGGAGACGGUCGAAAAAUACCAGCCUUAGACCGUAGACUAAAAGAAAAUGUUGAAGCACACCGCGAGACUAUGGCUCAAAUUCAGUUUUCCAUGCGUAUAGCAUACACUCAUGUCCCGCGCACGUCCGUACU